CUACAGACCCCCAUUGGACAAGCCAAGGCUUAGCGGAUCCCUAACCACCAUCCACCCACCUGCUGGGAGGGGCGGCGGCCGGGCGGGCGGAGCCUCCGGAGCGACCCCUCCCCGGGCAUCUGCCACGCCGGCCUCGCCGCCGCCUCGGCCGGAUCCUCGCAAGGCGGUGACGCAGCAGCGGCGGCGGCGGCGGCGGGAGCGCAGCCUCCAGCGGCAGCCGGACAGCAUCCCAGCCGGAUCCCUGCGCAGCAGAUCCCCGGGAGCCGCCCGCUCUCUGGGGAGCCGAUCCCAGCAAAGGGGCUCCGCAGCCCAGGUCGUUGGGAACUGGGACUUGUGACCGUGUGUUUCACAGUUACGACCGUGGGAUCAAAGUUGGCUCUGCCUCUCGGUGGCUGGGGGAGAGGGCCUACUUCUCCAAGAUGGCGAGCCGGCGGCUUCGUUCUGGGGACCUGGCCCGCUUUUGCCAAAAGCUCAACCGGGUGAAGACUCUGCAAGAUGACCUCAUGGAGACCACCUUCAACCGUUGCUUGACCACAGUCGAUUUGACGCUGCUGGGCAUUGGCGGGAUGGUGGGCUCCGGCCUUUACGUGCUCACUGGCACCAUUGCUAAAGAGACAGCUGGACCGGCCAUCGUGGUGUCCUUCAUCGUUGCUGGCAUUGCCUCUCUGCUGGCCGCCCUCUGCUAUGCGGAGUUUGGGGCCCAGGUGCCCAAGACGGGCUCUGCGUACAUGUUCACCUACGUCUCGGUGGGCGAGAUCUGGGCCUUUCUCAUAGGUUGGAACGUCAUUCUGGAGUACAUGAUUGGUGGAGCAGCUGUUGCCAGAGCCUGGAGUGGCUACCUGGAUUCCAUUUUUGACCACAGGAUCAAGAACUUCACAGAGGUCCAUGCUGGCACUUGGCAAGUACCCUUCCUGGCCCAUUAUCCGGACUUCUUGGCGUCUGGCAUUGUGCUCAUAGCCACGGCCUUCAUUUCCUUCGGGGCCCGAUUCUCCUCUUGGCUCAACCACGUCUUCUCGGCCAUCAGCAUGGGAGUCAUUCUCUUCAUCCUGAUAAUGGGAUUCAUCCUGGCCAGGCCCCAGAACUGGAGUGCCAGUGAAGGAGGGUUUGCCCCAUAUGGUAUCUCCGGGAUCAUGGCCGGCUCAGCCACGUGCUUCUACGCCUUUGUGGGUUUUGAUGUUAUUGCCACGUCCAGCGAGGAGGCCCGGAACCCGGAAAAGGCCAUUCCGCGGGCCAUUGCCAUCUCACUGAGCCUUGCCACCGGAGCGUAUAUCCUUGUGUCCGUGGUGUUGACGCUGAUGGUGCCCUGGCAUUCGCUGGAUCCUGAUUCGGCCUUGGCUGACGCCUUCUACAAGAGGGGCUAUUCCUGGGCAGGUUUUAUUGUGGCCGCCGGUUCCAUUUGUGCCAUGAACACAGUUCUUCUCAGCAACCUCUUCUCCUUGCCUCGGAUUGUCUACGCCAUGGCAGAGGACGGGCUCUUUUUCCAGGUGUUUGCCCGCGUUCACCCACGCACACAGGUGCCCGUGGUGGCUAUCGUGGUGUUUGGCUUCCUCAUGUCUGUCCUCUCGCUCAUCUUUGACCUGGAGGCCCUGGUCCAGUUCCUGUCCAUUGGCACACUCCUGGCCUACACCUUUGUCGCAGCCAGCGUGAUCAUCCUGCGCUUCCAGCAAGGCAAGACUGGAGCCCACGAAGCCCCUGGGAGAACCGAGGCCAUCCCAACACCAGAUGAGGCCGCGGGCACCACCGAACCCAAGGAAUACGAGUCUUUCUCAGAUAAGCUGCAGCUGGUGGGCAAAGAGAAAGCGGGGAGCUUGCGUGAACCAGGGCAGCUGAAGGCAGCCUUUGAACCCUACCUGGAGUUCCUCAGUGGUUUCUACCCUGGCGAAGUGGUCGGCGUGUCCGUGGUCGUCCUCAUGGUGUCAGCCCUCUGCUUGACAUCCAUCCUGGUCUUUGGGAAGACACAGCUCCACCUGCCCACCUGGAGUUACACCUUGCUCAUCCUGCUCUCCAGCCUGGCUUUCACAGGCAGCCUUGUCCUCAUUGGCGUCCAUGAGCAGAAGCAGGCCACCCAGACGUUCCAGCUUCCGCUGGUGCCGCUGACGCCUGCCCUGAGUAUUUUCAUCAACCUCUUCCUCAUGCUGAAGCUCAGCUACAUGACCUGGCUGCGUUUCUCCAUCUGGUUGGUGGCAGGCCUGCUGGUCUACUUCAGCUACGGCAUCUGGCACAGCAAAGAGAACCUGCGGGACUCCCCGACACAGGACGUCCGAGCCCGAUACGUGGUCUUCCCUAGCAGCAGCCUGGAGGAGACGGUGCAGCCCGUGCAGCCCAGGACGGAGCCAGCCCAGGGCCUGACGGAAGCCCAGGACAGUGGUGAAGAAGCCAAGAGAUGACCUGGGAAGGUCCAGCAGAGGCCACGCGUCCCUCGCCCCUGUCCCUCCCGUUGCUGUCCGGUCUGGGCAGAGAAGAGCUCAGGCAGGAGGGGGGGAGGUCGCCCCACUGCUCCUCUCUUUACCUGGCCCCGCGUCUCUUGACUGGAAGACUGGACUCUUCCUGUUGCCGGACACCCUUGAGGAACGUCUCCUUCGCUUGCGUCCCGUGUUGCAGCCCAGCUAAACCGCCCUCUGCCAGCAAAGGGGGUCCCGUCCCCCGCUUUGUGCCGUCCACUUGCUCCCCUCCCGUUCCUCUCGGACCUGCCCUCCAAAAGGCAGUGCCUGGCCUGCCAUUUCAGCACCUUGAUCCUCAGUGGACGAAGGCAGGGUGCGCUGUGUACCCCGGGAUGCUGCCCCUCGGAUGGGGGUCCUGCAGCCCAGGACGGGGACAAGGACUGUUCAGAAGGACAGCGUGACUCUGAGACGAGCCGACUUUGCCGUUUCUGUCUGUCUCGAACACGGUGCCCGGGCACAAUCGAAGGCGACCUGGGCACACCAAGAUCCCGAGCAUUUCCUGUCUCGCACAGAUGCUGGGCUGGGGUGACCGCAGGACAGGAUGUUCAGGGCUUUGGCCAUUCUGGAACAGAGCAGGUGUGAAAAGUAUGGUAAGCACACUUCCUCCUGCACACGCCUGGCCCUGGGAUGCUUCUUAGAUGCCAGGGGGGCAGCCUGGGGAGGGGGGGGUAGCACAAUUGACUGAGAGGAAGCAAGAGGCCACUAAUUGCAGCAAGGCAUUGUCUGCCGGUUGGCCACAGCAGGAGCCAACCCAAGGCUGGUCAAGAAAGUCAACAUGGCAGCCUCAACCAGACAACAAGAGCCCCAUCCUCCAACUGUGGUAUGGCCAUCUUGAUUUUUUUUUGACUCUCUCUCUCUCUUCUCCCCCUGGACAGCCCUAGAGCAGCGGUCCCCAACCUUUCCAGCCUUCUGGACCAGUGGGGGGCUGGAGGGGAUGGUUGUGUGUAAGCAGCGCGUGCUUGCCCACCGCUUUUGCAACCCAGUUCCAAAUAAGCCGCAGCCCGGUAGUGGCCGUGGCCCGGGUAGUGGACCCCUGCCCUAGAGCAGUGGUUCUCAACCUUUUUAAUGCCGCGACCCCCAACUGGUCGUAAGUCGAGGACUACUCAACCGGUCGUAAGUCGAGGACUACUCAACUGGUGCAGCACCGUUUGCA